AUGGAUGACCAAAGCUCUGGAUCGGUCAGAAUCGAGAAGCUGACCGCAUCUAACUUUUACAUCUGGAAGCAGAAAAUCGAGCUACUGCUUGCUCUCCGAGAUGUCGAUCAAUACGUUUUAGAUGAUAUCCCGGAGAAUGCGACGUCAGAUGACCGGAGAAAAUGGAUCCGUGGUGACGCAAAAGCAAAGGCAGUCAUCGGACUCACGCUUUCUGAUGACUACUUGCACCAUGUGCGAGAGUGUAGCAGUGCGAAAGAGACAUGGGAAGCAAUUCUGAAUGUGUUUGAGCGUCAUACUUUGCUCAACAAACUUGCCGCGCGUCGCGACUUUCACACGGUAUCCAUGCUCCCAUCCGAGAAAGUGCUCGUGUUCAUCAAUCGUGUGAAGCAACUUGCUGCCAGAUUGCAGUCAAUGAGUGUUGAGAUUGACGAUAAAGAAAUUGCAAUGGCUGUGUUGAAUGGCUUGCCUCCACGAUUCGAUAACCUGAUUGUUGCUCUUGACGCACUUGGCAAUGAAGAUAAAGUGUUUGGACUCGAGUUUGUGAAGAGUCGUCUGCUGCAAGAAGAACAACGAGAAAGCAUGAAGACCGCUUCUGCUUCAUCACCACAUGCACCUGCACUUAGUAACUUUACUUGCUUGCUUUCGACUUCCACUCCAGAAAAGAGGGCUGCAAACGCAAGGUCAUGGCUUGUCGAUUCCGGUUGCAGCGCUCACAUUACGUUUGAUCGCUCUUUGUUCGUUACGUAUGAACAGAUGCAAUCUGGAUCAGUCGAGAUGGGCACGAAGGCUAGAGCUAAUGUCGCUGGUCGCGGCGAGGUAGAAUUCAUGUUGAACGUCAACGGUAGUCCACAUCCUUGCAAAUUGUCAAACAAAUACCGCGUUACUACAGGACCAACUGUAGUUGCCACAGCGAGUCAAGUUGGGGAUUUGUACAUACUUGACGUCAUGAAUGAAACCUUUUCUUCUCACGUAGUUACCAUGCAGACGCUACAUGAACGCAUGGCCCAUGUUAAUGUACAAGGAAUCGCAUCAAUGAUUCACAAUAAUGUGGUAAGUGGCAUCAACUCUGACAAUCACUCUCCCAUUUGUCCUGCGUGUGUGUUUGGCAAAGCAACGCGAUCAGUAAUCCCAAAACAGCGAUCAUCGUCUCGAGCACAGAACUGUCUUGACUUGGUACAUUCUGACGUUUGCGGUCCGCUCGAAGUACAGUCCAUUGGUGGUUCGAGAUGCUUCAUUACAUUUGUAGAUGAUCACUCCAACUGGUUGGCUCAAACUCACACUGGUCGCAAAGUAAAGGUGCUUCGCACUGAUCGAGGGGGAGAGUACUUGUCGACGGAAUUCAAGUCGCAUCUAGAUUUAAACGGUACGCAGCACCAACUCACAACGGCGUACAUCCCUGAACAAAACGGUGUUGCUGAACGUUUAAAUCGAACUUUGAUUGAUCUCGUCCACUCAAUGCUUUCUCAUAAACAGGUCAGUAAGCGAUUCUGGGCCGAGGCUCUUGCCACUUCGGUAUAUGUACGUAAUCGAGUUACUUCACGCACUUUGCCCGUUAAUACAACUCCGCACCACAUUUGGAUGAAUUCCACUCCAAAUGUUGGCCAUUUGCGAGUAUUUGGGUCAAAGUGUUGGUAUACAUUACCAAAAUUAGAGCUCCGUAAGCUGGACUUGCGAGCGCGUGAAGCGAUGUUUCUUGGGUACUCGCAAUGCAGUAAGGCAUACAAACUUUGGGACGGAGAGUUGAAUAAAAUUGUUGUGUCACGGGAUGUCAAGUUUGAUGAAUCGACAUGUGCCGAUACCCCAAAUACGAAUGAGGUCGGUUCUGAAGAGGAUGAAGUUUCGGAGGAGGUUCUUGAAAACGAUGGCGCUCAUUCUGUAAGUGAGAAUGAUGAAGAUGAAGAUGAUGUACCAACUGCCGUCGAAAAUCCGAAUGUCACCCCUCCAACUCCGACUCCAGCUGUGCGAAGAUCGUCUCGAGUCAGCAGACCUCCCGGAUCAUGGUGGAGGAGCAACUUUGCAGCUGCUCUUCUUUCACAUGCGCAUGUCGCUAUUGAAGGUCGCAACACUUUCAAACAGGCAACCAACGGUCCUAGAGCUGCAUUUUGGCAGACCGGCAUUGACAAAGAACUGGCCUCGCAGACCAAGAAUCGGACUUGGAAACUUGUUCCUCCAUCUGAGGUGUCAAACAUCUUGACAUCUCGAUGGGUUUUCAAUGUCAAGCAACUGCCUGAUGCAAAUGGCAAUAUAGUUGAAAGUGCAAAAGCCAGACUUGUUGCUCGUGGAUUCCAGCAAGUGCAAGGUCUUGACUAUACUGAGACAUAUGCCCCUGUCAUAAAGUUUACCACUAUUCGUCUACUUCUUGCUUUAGUUGCUCAUUAUGAUCUCGAACUUCAUCAGAUGGAUGUCGUCACUGCGUUUUUGAACGGCGACUUGGAUGAAGACAUCUACAUGGAGCAACCCGAAGGGUGCAUUGACAAAAGCAAAAGUGAUCACGUGUGCAAACUUUUGAAAGCACUUUACGAUCUUAAACAAGCACAUCGUCAAUGGCAUGCCAAAGUGAAUGAUUUCUUAAUUGGUGAAUUGGGAUUCGAGACUUCGCGUAGUGAUCCUUGUCUCUUUAUUAAACGCAUCGGUAACACUAUCAUGCUGAUUGCACUUUAUGUCGAUGACUUGUUACUCGCCGGUAGUGAUAUCGAUGCUAUCAAAUGGAUGAAGGGGGAGCUUAAUAAACGGUUUGAGAUGAAAGACCUUGGUAAAGCAAAAGUCUGCAUUGGUCACACAACCACGAUUUCAACCGAAAACGACUCCGAAACAAAUGUACCGUAUCGCGAGGCAGUGGGAUCCCUGAUGUACUUGAUGGUUGGCACUCGUCCAGACUUGGCAUAUGCGAUUGGAAAGCUUUCUCAACAUUCUGCCAACCCAUGUGAGUCACACUGGGCAGGUGUGAAACGGGUAAUGCGAUACGUGCAAGGGACUCGAAACUUAGGAAUCGUGUUUGACAAUAAAUCUAAAUCGCCAGAGUUUUCCCGGAAACAGACUGUGGUUGCAACUUCGACGUGUGAAGCUGCGUACAUUGCACUAUGUGAAGCGUGUAAGGAGGCGACUUGGUUGCGUCAAGUGGUUGCUGAUGUUCUUGGACUUGAUUCUGAUCCCACCAUUAUGAUGGGGUGUGACAAUGCAGGGACUAUUUCGUAUGCAGAGAAUGAAUCGGUCAACCGUCGUAACAAACAUGUUGAUGUGAAAUACCACUAUGUACGAGAUGCAAUUAAGAGAAACGUCAUUUCUUUGUCGCAUUGCCCGACCACUUCCAUGCCUGCAGAUAUCCUGACGAAAGCACUUGGGCGAGUUCUGUUCCAGAAGUUUGUAGAACUUCUAGGGCUUGCAGUAGCUACUUCUGAUAAAAGCAUGUGA